AUGAGAAGCAUACGAGUCAAUCACGCCUUUGUUACUUUCGUGGUUUGCAUAAAUCUUAUACACUAUACAGUCAGCGCGGAUUGCAACGAUCAUGUACGAAUAUGUUACUCUAACUUAUGGAGCGACAUACGAUACGAAAAGUCAGAAGAUACCAAUAACGCUAUGGAUUUUUAUAACAAACUGCAAAGUGAGACACGGCAUUUAAAUCAAUUGACUAAUAAUGUGCGCAGCUUUAUCCAAGAGAAAAACGCUAAAAUGUUGACCAAGUCUCUAACUGGCGAAGGUAAUGAAAUCAGUUCAGCAGUAAAAACUUUAUCCAAAAAUCAGGAAACAUCUUUAACAGAGGACAUUCUGUACUAUGCAUUAAGUGAAGUUUUCAGUGACCAAACACCGAGUAAACUGGUUGAUAUUUUGUGGAAAAUAUUUCAAAUGGAUGAACCGGAAAGUUUCGAACUUAUGUUAAGAGCUCAACUCAUGCUGUUCCGCGUUUACGAAGGUAGACAAAAAAUCGAUCAGCAAUACCCGAAGAAAAUAGCUUAUUAUUUUUAUAAAAUCUUGAAGCAUCCUCUCUAUGCCGACUUAGACAAUGCGCUUAAAGUGAGAUUAGAUAGCGCAAUUGCUAGAUUACCGCAUGAUUAUAAGACUCUAUUAUUUCAACCGCCUUUUUGUCUAAUGAAUGUUGCAUACGAAGAAUACAUUUGCAUCGCUCAAGAAGCAAAACUUGAUUUGGAAAACCGUUUUAUAUGGGUGUGGCACGAGAAGAAAUUCAUCGACGAUGCUGGUCAUAUUAAAGCUGAAAUUAUCGAGCCGUCAAAUGGUAACGCAUUUGAUUUUAAAGUCAAACUAACCGGAGUAAGAGACAAUUUACUAUUUCAUCGUUUGGACUAUCAUCAGUUUGCUAUAGUUGGUUGGCAAGGAGCAGGAGACCCCGAGAACGAUCAUUGGGAUUUUCAAUUCGUUGAUAAAGAUGUACUCGUUCUUCAACAAGACGGUUUCACAAUGUGUACUGGUGAUAAUUAUAAUCCGGAGACACGUAACCUAUAUGGAUUCAUGGAUAAUGAGCAAACUGCUAAAGACGCUAUAUGUCAAUGGAAAAUUGGAAUUUGCGAUCGCCGGUAAUAAGCGAGAAAAAGAAAACUUUUCAGUUAUUGAUAAAGUUAAUUGUUUCCACGUUUCCAAGAAUUCACAGUUAAGUUUCAAAAAAAAAAAAAAAAAUGUAAAGCUAAGUUCGGUGAAGUCUUUCUAAGCAACACAUGUCAUGAUGACGAAUCAACCUGUUUUAUACAAAUGUCAAAUCACAAACAUUUUACUAUUAUUAACAUGAUACGUAUGUGAGUAUAUAUGAGUAUUUUUAUACUGAGUAUCUAUUUACGGCGAAAUAACAUUUUAUU